AACUCCUCAUUUGUUAUUGCGACAUUUCACAGGUAUGUAUAACAGGUAUUGAUGCAGGCGAAGUAAGGAAAUAAUGCGAGACCUUAUGCUCUUCGAUCAAGGUGAACGACGUUACCAGCUUAUUAUGGGUUAGAGUGCAAUUAUUACCAACAUCACAAACAAAAGUUUAUCUACAGAAAUGAAUUCUGAUGAUGAUGACACUGAGGAAGCGGAAGUGUACGCAGUCACUGACAACAUGGCACAACCGACAUCAGAUAUACCCGGAACCGGCGACGUCUACGCACUAUACGAGAGAAAAGCUCAGCAGUAUCUACGACUGUCAGAUGGAGGGAAGGUGUUGGCUAAUGCGGUGAAUAACAACCCUCAAACAGGAAAAACCCCAGAGAACGGUUCAUCUGGUAGCGAGUUAGGAAGCAACGUGUCUUCUUGUAAUGAACUCAUGUCCAAAUCUUCACAAGAAAGGAUAACACAACAAGAUGUCUUACUUGACGAAAUUACCAGUGAGAAAUUUAUACGAGACAGCACUGGCGCAGUUUCGGCAAAAGAUAUAUUCACCUGUGAUAACGACAGCAUAUAUACUUCUGGCGAACAGGAUGUUAUCGACCACCAUACUGUUGAGGUUGAUGAGCAGCAGGUAAGUGUUACAUCUGAUACACCAUCUGCGGGUUCUGAUGAGCAGUUUGACGAUACAUCGACAGCUGACGAUGACGGUUGUGAGAAAAAACAUCGUUCGUAUGCCCAUUCAGAAAAAGCCCACCAUGAUCAUGGCAAAGAAAAACUCUCAGUCACUCAUCCGCGUAGCCAGGAUAAUCCUACCGAAACUCGAGAGAAAAAGGCAACCGAAAGAAAAAAGUUCAAAAAAAUAAAAUCAUUAUAUAAGGAAGGCACAUCAUGGUUGGAAAUUAAACAGUACACCAAAGGAUUUGCUGUCUUUGGGAAACUUUUACAAAGCUCACAUGACCUUUCCACGAACGAGUACAUCUCAAUGACCAUCACUCAAAUUUGCACAAACCUAGAUGACGCUGGUGAUUCAGACAUUCCCGCAGACCUGAUACAAGUUCCCGAUAGCUACCUGAACCAGAUUUUGAAAGGUCUACUGGACAGGAGAAAAUGGUUCCCUUUUCUCAGCAUAGUCCGUAAACACCGUGAAUUCAAUGCCUCCAAAGAAAAGUGUAUGGAUCUCGUAAACGAAAUAUGUUUAGAGACUGUUGUGGGAGAUCCACAGUUUCUAAGAAAAACUGAAAGAUUGGACAAUUUGAUGAAGGGGUUAUUGGAUAUAGGAGCAACUAUACAGAAUGGGGGACAAAAUUGUAUCUACACAUGCAUCAAAAAUGGCCACUAUAGGAUCCUCCCCUUUCUACUGUCGAGGGGCGCUCAUUCAAGACACCUGACCAUAUACAGCGGUGACACGCCUGUACAUGCUGCAUUAACGAUCGCGCUUCAAAAAGCUCCAGGACAUUUCGAGGCGUUUAAAUUGCUGUUAACGAAGUUCCAAGAAGAUCCACAGGUAAACCAUAUGUGUGAUCCCACAGCAAAAGACAGAAAUGGAGACGGACUGCUACAUCUCGCCCUUCGCCAACCAGACGGUAGUCAAUCCAGGAAAGCUAUUGAUUUAUUGAUCCAGCAUACCCAAAACCCUUCAGCCAUCCUUUCAAAGAAUAAGAAAGGACAGCGUCCGUCAGAUUUGAUAAGGGAAAAACAUGAUCUAAGAUGGCGAAUAUUAGAACCAUUUUUCUGUUGUAUUCCCGCACAACCAAAGCGACAAAAGGGGAAGAAGAAAUCGUCACAAGCUGCACACGUUCGGGAAGACCAAUCUUCUUCUGAUUUAAACAAUGCUGUGGAGAAACCAGUGGACUCAGAUACCGGUGUUCUAGGUACGACACGAGAAUUCCCUUCAAAUGAAAUUGGAAAAACCUUGACAAAUGAUGCCGACUCAGAGCUCUCCAUUGAUGACAAGAAGAUGGUCGUUGGAUCAUUUUCGAAAAGCACAAACAAGCUGACAGAAGAAAUUAAGGAAAGGAAGAAGGUGAAAGAUGUGCCACAUGACAAAAAUGAUAAGGAAGAGGGCGUGCCACAAGAAGAAGAGGAGAAGAAGGGACAGAACAUGUCACAAGGAAAAGAGGAGAGAAAGGAUUACGUGCCACAAGAAGAAGAGGAGGAGGAAAGAGGUGUACCGCAGGAGAAAAAAAUAGAAGGAAAUAUGCAACAAAAGGCAAAGGCAAUGGAUGAUGUGAUGCAAGAUAAAUGGACAGAAAAGGAAGAAAAAUACAAAGUGAAGGAAGAAGAGGGAAUAAAAAUAAUAUAUACAAGGGAAAAGCUGCAGGAUACCGAAUGUAAAGUUGAGGUUGUUGACAACAAGGUCAAGGAAGAAUAUGACGAUAAGGAUGCACAGGAUGUUCGUAUAGAUAAUCAGCAGAAACAAGAAAAGUCCCUAGUCAUUCGACCUGAGCCGGCUAGAUAUACCGCCUGUGCCAGAUGUUACAAGAACAUGACUAAUGCUAAAGAGCACCUGCGGCUUAAACGUACUGGAAAGGCGUACACAUGGCUAGCAAUGGUCAUUGGAGAGACACACAUAAACAGCAACAGCAACGUACAUCGAGGACUGGUUGAUGAGGCCCUGACAUUGGUUAUAAACAGUCUCAGUACGACCUUAAACCCUGAAAUACCAGAGAGUUUGGCAAGGAUUCCUGUGGAUUUCUAUCAGAUGAUUAUAAAUGACUUGGCCAAGGACGAAAAAUGGAGGCAGGUUGACAUCAUGGUUCGAGAGAAUCGGAAACAUCAUGGUGAUCUGUCUUUGAGGGAUUUUGCGAAGAGCAUAAAUAUUGCCCGAGUGAUACGUCACCCGUCCUUCGUCAAGCAAGACAACCUCCUUGCACAGCUUAUUGACAACAUGUUGGACAGCGGAGCAAUCAUGGAAAAUGAGGGGAAGAUGUGCAUGCUAGCUGCAAUCCAGGAAGAACAUUUCAAGUUGCUGUGUACACUGUUUGAAAGGGGAGCUAACCCGGUAUUCUUGUCCCUACAGCCAGGGGACACACCCCUUCAUGCAUCCAUGUCAAUAGCCUUGGAGAGAGACAAAGGCAACUUCACAAUCCUCAAUAUUCUUUUGGAUAAAUUUAAAAGUGACCCGGAAAAGUUUGCAUUACUGGACCCUAACCAGCAAGAUGCCAAUGGUGAUUGCCUCUUUCACCUCGUGGCCAAGAUGAAGUACAACAGCACCACACAGAAAGCCACCGAGCUUUUGUGUGAAAAGAAGAUAUCUGCUCUGGUCUAUAAUAACGAGGGAAAGCUACCAAAGGAUUAUUUAAUCAACAAGAAGAACGACCGCAGGCUGCAGUUCUUUCGACUGGCAUCUAUUGAGACAGAAACCAAACCGGCAACCAAGAAGCCAAAAAAACCGAGGCUGAAGAUGUCGGAGGAUGAUGUGCUUGAUGAAGAACAGGAUCUGUUACUAUACAGUAGGACAGAUGAAACGCAGGCUCGUGCCGCACCGGAAAAAGUCCCACGCAAAGAUAAGAAGUUGAUUUUUGCUAAGACUUCAACACAUCGUGAAACAGCCAAGAAGAAGAUAGAGGAAAUGAUCUUCAAUCUGCCAGACACUCCUUACUCUAUAUUCAACCCCAAAGUUCCCAGAAUGGAGGAAGGUUGGAGGUCACGAAGGUCAGGUGAAGGUCAGAAGGGAGCCAGAUCGCCAGACAAGAAAGAUGAUCUUAAGGUGGAGAAACUGGAUGGAACAGCCCAUCAGGCUGAUGCAACUGCUGCCGCACCCCCUCCGCAGGAAGAGCAGCAGGUGGAGGCCAUGAUCAGUGGGGAGCUGGAAGCAGAAGAGGAUGAGGAAAAAGAAACCUAUGAGGUAGAUGUUCAGGCUUUUGACAAUCUGGAAUGGGAGGUAGAAUGUACGUCUGAUGUCUGGAGAACUCUCCGUGACAACCAUGUCCUUCCUGAACUGAAACGGCGCAUUGUCUGUAAAGUCCAGCACCUGGCUAGUGGGGAAUGGAGAAAAUCCCUUUGUAAACCUGUUACUGCCAGCAAAAUGCCCGAAGCACUGCGAAUUUUUGAGGCCAAACUGUCAAAGGGAGGCAGGAUACUGUGGGAACUAGCCAUUGCAUUUUCGCCACGGUUGAGUGAAUCUGCCGAACGCCGUUUGAAUGUUGAAGAAGAAGAAGGUGAAGAUCUUGCUGUGAGAGGAGGGAGGAUUUACUCCGAGGUGAUCAGAGUUUGGGACAUUGUGUUUGAUCAUGAUCACAUUCACAGGUGUGUGGAACGUAUCAUCAAAUCACACAAUCGUGGUGAGGAGUGCAUCAUACAGAAAAAACUUAAAGGAGUGAAACAGACUCAGUUCCAGGAAGGAGCAGGGAAGCGUUAUCCAAUGAUAUACGCUGAAGCUGAUGUUGGAUUCAAGGACCAGGAGCUGCAGGAGUACCAACAGGAAUUACAGAGGUUCUAUCCCCCGGCCAGUAGUAACGACACCGAGUACCACAUCCUCAAGUUCUACUCCUUCUCCUCCAAUCUAGUCUACCAUGUCCUACAGAAUAUAGAGACAAAAGUAGGUACUACAUAUCAGUGAUACAGAAUAUAGAGACAAAAGUAGGUACUACUUAUCAGUGAUACAGAAUAUAGGGACAAAAGUAAGUACUACAUAUCAGUGAUACAGAAUAUA